UUAACUCUCUCUCUCUCUCUCUCUCUCUAGGACUCUCUCUAGGGUUCUCUCUCUCUAGGACUCUCUCUCUCUACAACAAACAGUAAGUAUAUGAUAACAGGAAUCUCCAAAACCAAAGUGCAGUUGGAAUUAUACCUUCAUCAUCAGCCAAUAAUUCACAGAAUGCCACAACACCCCAUCAAGAGGUUAUCAUUAAGAAAUCUCCACUUCCUCCAUCAAGAGGUUAUCAUUAAGAAAUCUCCACUUUCUCUCUCUACAUCAUGCACACUUUCUCUCUCUACAUCACACACACCUCCUGGAAUUCCAUUUAAUAUCGCCUGUUGUACAUUGCAGCACUGUCACCCAGCACCUAUUGCACCCCUCUUCAUAUUAUCCUCUCCUCUUCUUGUUCCCUUCCUUCGAUCUCUCCCCCAAACAAACACACAUAUAUAUCUCUAAUUUGGGCUCUCUCACUAUAUUCAUUCCCUCUUUGCAAUAGUUGCUUCUCUCUCUCUCUCUCUAGAGCUUUUCUUGGGGUAUUGGAGAUGCCUCAGGCGGUGUCGACGAGAUGGUGCCCGACGGCGGAGCAGCUGAUGAUACUGGAGGAGAUGUAUCGCGGGGGGAUACGCACCCCGAAUGCUUUGCAGAUACAGCACAUCACAACCCAUCUCUCAUACUAUGGGAAGAUUGAGGGGAAGAAUGUGUUUUAUUGGUUUCAGAAUCACAAGGCCAGAGACAGGCAGAAGCUGAGAAGGAAGAUGAUUAAGCAACAGCAGCAGCUGCCGACGCCGCAACAUGAAGCUGCCUCCUUCUCUCUCACUCAAAUACCACCCAGGUUCUAUGAGGAACAAUGCCGGAGCAUCGGUUUCAUGUGCAUGUUACCUAAACCUGAGGUCGAAGCACCAACGGCCCAAAUGGACUCAGCACCUCGUUACAGGGCUCUGGAGACCCUUGAUCUUUUCCCGGUGAGAAGCACGGGCAUCAAGGAAGAGAAACCGAGAUCGACGGCACUCCAUGUGUCCACGUCAUCUUCUUGAAAAGUGUGGUUUGUCAAAUUAGGGUCAAUCAACGGUUAGAAUAUGUUGGUGUUGUUUUAUGGGAGUUAGAUUUAGAAUCUUCCCUUGGUCUUGUGGUCUGGGUCUUGGGAUUCAGUAGAAGCUCUCAGUCUCAUGAGUCAAUACCCUUAACAAACUUAUAAAUACCCUAUGUACUCUUCUCUAACUUGCUAGCGUCUAAUAAAAUGUUUAUGUACU